UACCCCGAGUCCGCUUAUCAUACCCUACCCCAAUCUACCAUCGAUAUUCAUGAUCGAACUACUGAAAUCAAAAUAUAGAACCAAAUUACUUUAUAGAUAUUUCAAAUUACAGUACAGUUCCAGUAUAGGUACAAUGAGGUAGUCCAAAAUCUGAGUGAGGAAAUCUGCAUAACUCUCAUUUAAAUCGUUGAGAAACUCAAUAGGGCCUAUCAGCUACAGUACAGGAGUGUCCAAUGUACAUGAUAGAUGACUGUGGAUAUCACAAAGCGUCCAUUAGGUGGGUUCCACAUCUGUUAUCAGAAGAUCGCAAGCGACAUCAAUUAGAGGUUUCGCAGUAGCUCUUCAAUUCGAUUACAGCAAUAAGUAAUAGGAGACAAUUAAUGGAUAAUUUGAAGUACUUUGAACAUAAACUACAUUCAUGAUGACAAGGACAACAUGGAUUUAAAGUAUAGCCAAGAUGAAGCAGAUUUGUCUGUUGGUCUGAGUGUGACAUGUUCUACAGUCGUGGAGGAUGAGGGUGUAGUGGAUGGUCUGCCUGUGCCUCAUCAGCCUCUGCCUUCUAUGUCCUCGCUCUACACUAUGCAGUAUGCUCCAGAGCAUUUCCCCCUGUACAAUUCAGAACCCAUGAGUUACCCACCUGAUAUUAGUGUAAAUUAUACCAUAUUGAACAAUGCCAACCACAUGUACGGGUUCGAACAAGACACAAAAGAUAUCAUCACUCUUGAUAGUUGUAAGGUAAGUGAACCCGAGCUCAGGCCGGAUCUACUCCAGAGAGAGGACGGUGUGCCUUAUGAGUCGCCAGGAAGGCUGCAGGGCGAAGCACACAAGAUGCAGGUUUGUAAGGUGUGUGGGAAGACAUUCAAGUUCCAGACGUCCUUGCUGCGACACAACAACAAGGUCCACAUCAGCCGCUAUCAGUGUUCCGCUUGCUGCAGGGUCUUCUCACGUCAGUCGUACUUGGACGUGCACACUAGCAAACCGGGCACAUCUUGCUUUGUUGAGCAAAAAGUAAAAAGUAAAAGACGACGCUGAAUUUGCUUACUUAAUUUACCAGUUUUCAUGAGAAGUAUCAAAUUAAGUUUAAUGCCUUUACCAAAGUUUGUUAUAAUGUAUUUAACCUUAUUAUUCCAAAUAUACAUUAAAAAAUUGAUUAACCAAUAGUUAGCAUUUUACAAUUCAUCCACAUUUAAAAAAAUGUGGUCUAUACUUUGCUUUUGUCUUUGAUUGUAAAGUAAGUUAGCUCUUUGUUGGUUUAGAGCAUUGGAUUUUACUCUUCAACUGGUAAAUAACACAGUACGUGUAUGUUUUUUGUUUUAGUGUUAUACCAGCACCCUGAGCUGUAGCUUUGAUUUAUUAUUUUAUUUAAAUAUGCUGUCAAAAUACCAUUCAAUAUAUAGACUAUAUAUUUAUUAUGUAAGUUAUAAUAACCCACUGUUGAAAUGUUAAAUAAUUGUGCAUAGUAUCGGUACUUGUUGAGGUGUUAUGAGUUUACUUUCAAACAGAUCUGAAAUUAUCUUGAUACUAUUGUAUUAGCAGUUUAUUAUAAAUGUUGAGAAAAUUGUACUGUCCAUCAUAAUAUGCAAAGAAACUCAUAAUAUUUUGUUUAUUUUAUAACAGUAUUUGCCUAUAUUUCAUGUUUUGUGAAAACAACUAAUGGUACGGAAGACUUGUUAUAAAAAUUAAUAGUUAUGUUUAAGAAAUCUUAAUUUAGAAAAAUUGCUCCAUGGAAAGUACCAAAACUUAUUAAACAAAUAAUUAAACAUAUAUUAAUUUUGUAAUACACCACUAAUUUGAACUGUGCAUACAAAAUGAAUGUACACUUAGAUUUGAAAAGCUUUAGUUCAAUUUAAAAAUAGUAUAUAUCAAAUUUUCAUGAAAAAUGUUUAAAUGUUGUAAUACUCUGACACCAACAACUGUUUAUGAAUCGGCCUUCUAAAAUAUUAAUAUAUAUUCAUAAUUUGAAAUUUUAAGAUAGUGGUCACAAAUGAAGGCAGAAAAUUCUUUCCUCCGACUAAGCAGGCAAUGGGUAUUGUUAAAGAAAUGGUGUUAUGUAUAGCCAAUUAUGGCAAGACCACAAUUGAUAGAGAGUAAGCAUGAUCAUGACUAUUAUACAGGGAAUGAUCAUCCAAAUUAGCGUAAUUAGGGUCAGGAAGUUUUGACAAAUUAUGAAGUUUGAUAACUAGAAGUUUUAUUUGUGCAGCUUUAGAACACAGUAGUUUUGUUGAGGAUUCGUAACAUUUGAGAAAGAGAAAGUUAUAGAUUUGUUUCUGUAACAUAAUUUUGCUCUCCACCUCAGCAUAUCCAAGACAGAGGUUCCAUCAUUUGGAAUCAUACAGUUUGUUAAUGUCAAGUUUUAACAAAGUAAAAGAUAAAAUAAAAUCUCUUAAUAAAAUAUAAUAAAAUCUCUUAGACUGGGAAGUCUCAUCGAGGAUUUUCUCAAUCUUGGUAAGCUUUGUACAAUUCAAAAUUGUGGUUUCUGAAGUUUAAGAAAGACGAGUUCCACAGAAAUUGCUAAAUCCCAAAAGACAUUGUGUUAUAUUUUAUUACGUCAAUUGGAGAUCAUAGGUAAUUUGUAAUAGAAUAAGGUCUAUUAUAGUAGGAUACUAUCAGAUAAUAAUUGUAAUUGUAUUGAAUGAUGACCGUAAUACAAAUUCGCUUGUUGGUAAUUUAAAACUAGGUUCAGAGAACAUCAGCAACAAAAAUUAUUGUUUGUCGAAUGUCUUUUUGAAAGCAGCCGUGAUAUAUUGGGGACAGGCUAUACAUAUAUGGAGUAAUAUGAGGCUCAGAAAUCUGGGUUCCUUCUGGAAUAAGAGUUAUACAGACAUUUACAGAAAGAAGACCCAAAUUGAGGAGAUUUGUAAUGCAGUCAUGUUACUUUUUCAGCAACUAAAAACAUAUAAGAAUGCACCAGGAAGUAAGGGAUGAGAAAUAAUAAUCUGUAGUCUGGAUUUUAUAUACCUUGAUGGUACUUCUCAAAAAACAUUUAGUGGAUGGUAUGGAACAAACGGUUUCUUAUUAUUUUUGACAAGGUUCCAUACAUUUUUUGUACAUAUGAAAACAGUCCCUUCUUAUCUUUAUCACUGUCUCACUUCUCCAUCCCUAUUAAAAAUAACAACUGUUAAACCUGACAUGUUUGUUAAAACUGGAAAAUAACUGCUGAAAAAAAAAUUAAUUUAAACGCUUGGAUUGUGCUGGUGAGCAAAAUAGUGCCAUAGAAAGACGAAAUUGUUCAUCUACUCAGUUACAUCCUCAUUUGUGCUAGAAGCCAGUUUUUUCAAUAAA